CGGCCCGUGAGAUGCCAUGGUGUCUAUUCAACCGGCGCAAUCCUGGUCUGUCAGUCAGUCAGUCAGUCAGUGCAGUGCUUGUACUGCGGGGUGGGGUGGGGUCAUAACAGUGUUGAGCCUUGACAAUGAUCCAAUUCAUACUUAAGACACGCCGCGCUGCUCGUUGACCGAGGUCUCUCCCCUCCCCUCAGGGCCCAGCAUUGCUCCCCCCCCAAGUUUAAACCUCUACAUAUCAUCAAUUGAUACCCCAUCCAUCACAAUGAAGUUCACCGAGGGAAUGUGGCGCAUCCGGGAGGGGAUCCGGAUCGACUGGAUGAACAACGUGGAGCGCCUGAGCAUCGAGAACGAGACGGUGGAUCUGCUCCUGAACAAGUUCCAGCGGCACCGGGGUGAUACGCUGAACUCCGCUACGGUCUCGGCGCAGGUCACGUCGCCGUUGGAAGGGAUUAUCGGCGUGAAGCUUGUCCAUUGGGCCGGCGGCAUCGGCAAAGGCCCGCACUACGAACUCACCAAGACCACCGGGCACGUCCAGAUCUCGCAUGAGGAGAAUCAAGCGCUUCACUACCGCAGCGGCGGCCUCGACCUGGCCGUGACGACCGCGCCCAACGAACUCGACUUCGUCUUUUCCUCUGCUACCAGCCAGAAGCAGCGCAAGCUGACGGGCCACUCCUGGCGCUCGAUCGGGUACAUCGGCGACCAGACGACCGAGAAAUCCCGGUGGGACGACGGGAUCUUCUUCGAGCGGCAGGGCUACAUGCUGGCGGCGCUGGACCUGGGCGUGGGCGAGAAGCUGUACGGGCUGGGCGAGCGGUUCGGCCCGUUCAUCAAGAACGGGCAGACGGUCGACAUCUGGAACGAGGACGGCGGCACCUCCUCCGAGCUGGCGUACAAGAACAUCCCCUUCUACUUGAGCUCGGCCGGGUACGGCGUGUUCGUGAACCACCCGGGCAAGGUGAGUCUGGAGCUGCAGUCGGAGCGCACGACCCGCGUCAAUAUCUCGGUGCCCGGCGAGGAGCUCGAGUAUUUUGUUAUCUAUGGGGACUCGCCCAAGGCGAUUUUGGAGCGGUAUACGGCCUUGACGGGGAGGCCGAGUCUGGUGCCGGCGUGGAGUUAUAAUCUUUGGCUGACGACGAGCUUCACGACCAACUACGACGAACAGACCGUCACUGGCUUCCUGGACGGGUUCCGGGACCGCGAGAUCCCGCUGGGCGUGUUCCACUUCGACUGCUUCUGGAUGAAGUCGUACCAGUGGUGCGACUUCGAGUUCGACUCGGCCAUGUUCCCCGACGCUGCGGGGUACAUCAAGCGGCUGAAGGAACGCGGGCUGCGGAUCAGUGUCUGGCUCAACCCGUACGUCGGCCAGGCAUCGCCGCUAUUCAAGGAGGGCAAAGAGAAAGGAUACUUCAUCAAGCGCACCGACGGCACAGUCUGGCAAUGGGACUACUGGCAAGCCGGCAUGGCGAUCGUCGACUUCACGAACCCCUCCGCGCGCACCUGGUUCCAAUCCCACCUCCGCCGCCUGCUAGACCUAGGAGUCGACAGCUUCAAAACUGACUUCGGCGAACGCAUCCCCUACCGCAACGUCACCUACUUUGACGAGAGCGUCGACCCCACGCGCAUGCACAACUACUACACCCUCACCUUCAACGAACUCUGCUACACGACCCUCCUCCACCACCACCCAGACAACAUCGAUCCCACCACCCACGAAAUCACCAACAAGUCCGGCGCCGUCCUCUUCGCCCGCUCCACCGCCGCCGGCGGCCAGAAAUUCCCCAUCCACUGGGGCGGCGACUGCGAGAGCACCUACGAAGCGAUGGCCGAGUCCCUGCGCGGCUGCUUGUCGCUGUCCCUCUCGGGCUUCAUCUUCUGGGCCUCCGACAUCGGCGGCUUCGAGGGCACCCCGCCGCCGGACGUGUACAAGCGGUGGGUGCAGUUCGGCUUGCUGUCGACGCACUCCCGGCUGCACGGGAGCCACUCGUUCCGCGUGCCGUGGAUCUACGGCGAGGAUUGUUCGGUCGUCCUGCGCGACUGCGUGAAAAGGAAGAUUGCGCUCACGCCGUAUCUCCUCCAGAACGCGCUGGAGGGGGCCCGCCGCGGGACGCCCGUGAUGCGGCCCUUGUUGUUGGAGUUUCCCGCCGACAAGAAUGCGUGGAGCGUGGAUACGGUGUAUAUGCUUGGGGGCGAUUUGUUGGUCGCGCCGGUGUUGAGUAAGGAGGGGGUGGUGUCGUUUUAUGUGCCGGACACGGAAGAGGAUGGGGAGUGGGUGAGUUGGUUUGAUCAUUCGAAAAAGUAUCAGGGCGGCAGGUGGUAUACCGAGACGCAUGGGUUCGAGACCCUGCCUCUGUUGAUUCGGCCGGGGGCCGUCGUGCCGGUGAACUUUCAACUGAGCAAGCCGGAGGAUGAUCCGUUGGUGGGGUUGGAGGUGCUGGUGAAUGGUGACCUUACAGGGGAGGUCGAGGUCGAGGUGGUCGAUCCGGUGAAGGCCCAUGAGGUGCGCUCGGUUGUGAAGGUGCGGAAGGAGGGCGGGGAGGUUAAGGCUGAUGUGGAGGGGGUCAAAGUUACGAUUAUUCAGUGAGGGGGGCUGUUGUUGGCUUGGGUAUGGGUGUAGGUUUGAGCAAGUUCCGGUAGAGUGUUUGUUUCUAAAUCGUGGUUGUUGGGCUAUCUCACGGUGUAGUGGUGGACUCAAGAAUGCAGGGAGAUGCUGUCUAUAACUGCGCGUUGGUGUUAGGCCUGGAAAGGCUAAGGAAGACACUAGUAAGAUACUCAGACAAUUGUUCAUUAGGUUGUAAUACAUGGC